AUGGCUUCGGUUGCGUCUUGGCAUCCUCUGUUCCUUCGACCUCGCACGACCUCGAACAUCACUGGCACUGCCAUAUGUAGAAAGAGCUAUCUUCAAUGUUGCAACAACAAAGAACACGACCCACAACCAGAACCAGAAGAAAAACUAGUUUUUGGGAUGCAAUGCCAAGCCAAGAGAAGACAAGUUUUGCUUGGGACGACUCUUGCUGCGUUUUCUAUUCCGCAAUUUUUUUCAAACAUUGCAUUGGCUGAGAAUGUUGUGGCAGAGGAUUUUCGUGUUUUCACAGAUGAUGUCAACAAGUUUCAGAUAUCAAUUCCCCUAGACUGGCAAGAAGGCGCAGGAGAACCAAGUGGAUUCAAGUCGGUCACUGCUUUCUACCCGGAAGAGGGUGUUAGCUCAUCAAUCAGUGUCGUAAUCACAGGGCUUGGUCCGGAUUUUACAAAGAUGGAAUCCUUUGGCAAAGUUGAAGAAUUUGCUGAGACUCUGGUCAGUGGACUAGAUAGGAGCUGGCAAAGGACAGCAGGAGUUGCAGCAAAACUCAUAGAUAGUAAAUCAUCCAAGGGGAUUUACUACAUUGACUAUACGCUACAAAAACCCGGUGAAAGCAUCAAACACAUCUGUUCAGCUCUUGGGAUGGCAAAUAACGGCUGGUACAACAGAUUAUAUACCGUCACCGGCCAGUAUGUAGAGGAAGACUCGGAUAAAUACCGUUCCAAAAUUGAGAAGGCUGUAAAAUCCUUCAAGUUCAUAUGAUAAACAACCUCCUGGGCGGCAGAGUUUGAAUUACGUAAGUAAUGGAAGUAUAGUUUGCCAAUUUUGAUUUGGUCCAUGUACACAACUUUCUUGAAAUUUAAUGUAAUACAUUUGAAUUAAACAACUGCUGAGAGAAGAUCAUGCCCACUGUUUCACGUA